AUGACUUUAUUCUGAAAACAGAUCGGCAGUUCUAGUGUUGAAAGUUUGUAGUGAAAUAUAUGUAAACUUUCAUAAUUUGUUUCACUUGAGUAAACAAUAGUGUUGCAAGUUUGUUAUGACUUUGUGGAGCGUGUUUUUAUUGAAUGAAUCGUAUAAAUGUCCUAUUCACUUGGCUUGAUGCUAUCUUAGUUAGCAUUAGACAAUUGUAAAUCACGUUGAAAGGUUCUGGAGAUGUAGACGUUAAAUGAACUAUUGUUUCGUCACAUUAGCGCAUUGCCUUUAUAAAAACAUUCACAUGAACUUUGAGGUAGUUAUCUUGGAACCGCAUUUAUUAUUUAAAUUUUAUUCAGCGUUAAAGAUUCGAUGUACAGCUGAAAAUGAACAACUCAACAAUCUACGAUGGUGCAUUUUCUUUGGUCAACAACAUAACAGAAAAUAGUAAUACAACAAACAAUACUGGUAACAAUCCCGGUUAUGCGCGGAACGAAUUUCUUGCUAAGUUUGAAUUAGCUGUACUGGCGUUUAUGUUCAUAACAGCAGUAAUUGGAAAUGUGCUUGUUAUUGUCGCCUUAAAAUGUCACCGUAAAAAGCUGACACGGAUGCAAUGGUUUAUAAUUCAUUUGUGUAUUGCAGAUUUGUCGUUAGCGUUUUUUAACCAAUUGCCACAGUUUGCAUGGGACUUAACGUAUAGGUUCCAGGGAAAUAAUGUGCUAUGCAAGUUUGUAAAAUACGUCCAGUUGAUCUCAAUGUAUUCCUCUUCUUACGUGCUUAUAACCACUGCGUUAGACAGAUACUUUUCCAUCUGUUAUCCAAUCAACAGUCAGACGUGGACUAUUAAACGUGUUCAUUUUAUGGUAUCUGUGGCAUGGCUUUUAUCCUUCGCAUUUUCGAUUCCUCAGCUAAUAUUUUUUUCCUAUGUGGAAGUUUCCCCCGGGAGUAACGAAUAUGACUGCUGGGAAUCACUUAGUAACGGACCUAUGUCACACCUGCAGGCCUAUAUUACGUGGAUAUUUGUGUCGAUUUACCUAGUUCCUUUUCUGGCACUAGUUUUUACUUAUGGAAGAAUAUGCUAUGUUGUAUGGCAGUCAAUGGAUAAUAGGUCUGGUUAUGAACGUCAAACACAGUCCAGAAACGGUAAUUAUGACACACAUCGGACAACCAAUGACAAAUUAAAGAUAAUUCAACCACGUGUGCAUACGAAAAAGGUAUCUAAAUCAAAGAUCAAGACAAUCAAAAUGACCCUGAUUGUUGUCACGUGCUAUCUUCUUUGCUGGGGGCCAUUUUUUAUUGCUCAGAUGUGGUCGGUGUAUGAUUUCAAUGCACCAUUUACAGGAGCCGCAAUGACCAUCAUACUGUUACUUACCGGAUUGAAUAGCUGUGCUAACCCGUUCAUAUUUCUGGCAUUUAGUGGUAGGCUAUGUAAAUCACCUACAACAGCAGCUCGUACAUCUACAUGUCCAACAUCUCACACUGAACUCAAUUCUGAGACUCGCCUUCGCUCGACAAAUCAUUCUCCGGAUGACCAUACGGACAAGUAUAAAUUUGUAACGCCGCCUGCAAAGGAUUCUUAUCUUUGAAUGCCACUUGGUUGAGAAAGAGUACUAGUAGUUUAUUUAUUCAGGGAUCGUUAACAAAUUAAAAAGAUGUUCGUUAUUAUUAUCAAUAUACGUUAAAUAUGUAGACUAACUAUUUUUUCGUUCAAUGGUUAACACAUCCAUCAAUUCUGUAUGCGAAAAAUUGAGGGACUGGGUGGAGUCCACAGCAAAUAAUAUAGUGUACAAAAGUUGCAGAAUAGAGGGCCACAAUUAAAAUUAUGGGAUGAAAAAAUAUAAAGCAAAGACACCAAUUGGCAAAGUAAAUAAUAUGAGGAAAUGGUAUAAAAAGUUGAACAAUGAGAAAAGAAAGACUAAACUUUAGACCAUCAGAUUUGACUACGAAUCCCUAAUGAAGUUUGUAUAGCAUACAACAGUACGGGGAACGUUUUCAUCGUUGGGGGACGAACUCAAAUUAGAAUAUUGAAUAUAUUACAUGCUUUGUUGUCGUUAAUGAUUUUCUUUUGUAGAUUUCAUAAAUUGUAUAUACUAUUUCGUCAUAACUUAUAGAAAUCAACUAGGUUAAGCACUAUAAAGACACGCUUGAAGAAAAAAAUACAUUUUUAAAUGCGGAACUAUUCAUAUCAAUAAGUGUUUAUGACUUUAUACAUAUGUAAUAACCGAACACUUUCGAAAAUACAAAUAUGUAAUGUUAUACCACCAUAAAAAUUAUCAUUUAAAAACUCAUCAAAAAUACAAGGCUAAUAAUUCACUAAGUUGAUCGCACAUUUGGUCUACAUCAGACUCAUUCAUGGCACUAGAUUUAAAACAGUUGGAAGACUUAAUCAUAUAUGAUUUUGAAGAGUACUUAAAAACAAAAUUACUAAAACAUUGUGCACAAUAUUACUAAGACAAUUUA